UCUUUGAGCCUGUCUAACCCGGAAGUAAUGCUGCAGAACUCCACCCAGCAGCAGAAGGCUGUCGGUGCUGCUGCUGUCGGGCUGUCGGUGCUGCUGCUGGGCUUUAAUGCAUGAAGGCUUCCUGUGUGAGUGUUAACAGACCCUGAGGAGACAUGGUGGGCUACAACCCGGGGGUUCAGGGUUCAGCCUGCUCCCCAGAGGAGGCCGCCCUGUCUGGGUCAGCUGCUGGGAUGGUGACCCGGGUGCUCAUCAGCCCGUUUGACGUGAUUAAAAUCAGAUUUCAGCUGCAGAUUGAGCGAGUGUCUUCACAGAGGCCUGAGGGAAAGUACCGUGGAAUCUUUCAGGCGUCCCGGUGCAUUUAUUCAGAGGAGGGCCUCUCUGCUUUCUGGAAGGGCCACGUCCCCGCACAGCUGCUCUCCAUCUGCUUCGGGGCCGUCCAGUUUGCCAGUUUUGAGUUCCUGACGGAGACGGUCCACAAGUCAACGCUGUACGACAGCCAGACGGCGGGCGUUCACUUCGUAUGCGGCGGUUUGGCUGCGUGCUCUGCUACGGUGGUCUGCCAGCCUCUGGACACUCUGCGGACACGCUUCGCUGCUCAGGGAGAAACCAAGGUGUACAGCAACAUGCGUCACGCCGUGUCCACGAUGUUCCGCUCAGAGGGCGCACUGACGUUUUACCGCGGUCUGUGUCCGACGCUGAUGGCGGUGUUUCCGUACGCCGGGCUGCAGUUCUUCUUCUACAAUGUCUUCAAGAAACUGUUGACUCCACCGGCCAAAGAAACUGGAAACUCAGGAGGUCACCUGAGAAGCCUGGUGUGUGGCAGUGGAGCUGGAAUAAUCAGCAAAACCAUCACGUACCCCUUUGACCUCUUUAAGAAGAGGCUGCAGGUGGGCGGCUUUGAGGCAGCCAGAGCUCAGUUUGGACAGGUGCGGAGCUACAGCGGUCUGGUGGACUGCAUGGUUCAAAUCUCCAAAGAGGAGGGCGUCCGAGGCUUCUUCAAAGGCCUCUCUCCCAGCCUUCUGAAGGCUGCACUCUCAACGGGCUUCACCUUCUUCUGGUACGAGGUGUUCCUCAGUGCCAUGUGUAACCUCAAGGAGAAACGGAGAACAAAUGGACUCACCAAAGACAGAUAGUGAAGGGAAAAGAAGGAACACAGGAACAAUCACGCACAUCAGAAAUCGACCAUUCUUCUUCUUCUUCUCCUUCGCUUGCACUGAACACAUUUAUCCCCUGGGUCAACGUUUGGGUGGAGGUUUUAUUGUGUUUACGUGGAAGGAUGUGAGAACAUAACCUCAUUUUAUUCGUGUUCUGCUGUCGUUCCACCUCGUGUUGUAUAAUCAGUGACUUUCCUUUGUAUGUCUUUAAUAUUUUAGGGGUUUCUAAAAGGUAUGGAUGCUGGCUUUAUAACAAGAUAGUCAAACUGAACUUUGCACAUUUUAAGCUCUGACAUAUUCUUAACUUUGCCAAUGUUCACUCACAUUUUAUUGACGCUUAGUCAUUCAACUGGAAGAUGAGUACUCUGCAAAAUAUGCUUUGUUUGUGUGGUCGAAUGUGUAAUACUCUUGUGUAUUAUUUAUUCUUUUCUGUACUGUUGUGGGAAAAACUGCUUCCUGUGGCCUGUAGGUGAAAACACACUGAGCUUAAAGGUAGUUUGUUCUAAGUUAAGCUCUUAAAAGUGUCUGUGUGUCCUACAUGUUUAUCCAACACCUUCAGGUAAAUAUAUUUUUAAUAAAAGUUUUUCUAAUAACUGA